AUGACAAUUGGACAAUUUGUUUCGUCCACAGGGGAAGCCAUUCGUGGAAUAUUACAAUGGGUCGGGUUUCCGAGAGCGAUCAGUGUCGAAUUUCCAUAUGUUGUUGCGUUAUUGCGUAAUAAUACUAUUGAAAUUCACGAUAUAACUGAACUUAAACUUGUUCAACGCGUACCCCUUUCGUCAAAAUCAAGAACCAUCUCAACCGGACCUGGUAUUAAAGUUCAGGUCGCCGGCUUGAUUGAUAAGUUAAAAUUGGAAAGUGGAUACUUAUUGAAUGAAAAUAAUCCUUAUUCCCCCUUAGAUAAUAAUACUUCAUCUGAUGUAGAUGGUUUACAAAUUCUCUCUGAUCAAGGAGGGUCAAGCAGUAAUCAAUCCAAUUUUUUAGCAACUAUUCCCACUCGACUUAUAAUUGCUGGAAGCGAAUCAGUUGUUGCUUUAGCAGCAACCCCUUUGACCGUGCAGGCUGAUUCAAUGUUGGAUUCUACCCGCAUAGAGGAAGCUUUAGAAUUGGCCAAACAAGCGAUGAAGACAUCAACUCCAGAUAAUGUCCAUAGCGAAAUAAUGGCAAGUCUUGGCCGCCACGAAUUCAAUUAUAUUAAUCAAAAAUCUGGCUUCCUUUACCUUGGAGAGACAUUGUUUGAAUUUGCCUUUCCACUUUUCGAAGAAGGAGGAACCGAUCCUCGAUUAUUAAUUCAAUUAUUCGGGAACUUGAGAGAUAUUAUAAGAGAUGAUAAUAAUUUUACUGUUUAUGCCGGCGUUAAAUCAAUUAUCAAACAUCUUGGUGGCAUUGAUAACAUUGUAUCACGUAGUCUUGUUAAGAAUUAUGACCCUCAUAUUAAGCCUGAUAUUGAGUCAUCACACGCUACACAAGAACUUCGUAAAGCUCUCAUUAAGAAUGCAAAAGAGAUGUUACAAAAGUUUCUAACAAAGUAUCGUGAACAACGAAGAGUCAAAGGAAAAACUUUGAAGCCAGAUAAAAGAAAAAUUUUGAGGGCUAUUGAUAACGCUUUACUAAGGUUAUACGCUGAAUCUAACUCGGAACUAUUAAAUACUUUGUUAGAAAAUUCUAAUGAAUGUGUGUUGGAACUUAGUGAAAAAUUUUUACUAGAUAACAAGAAAUAUUAUCCUUUGGCUUUACUUUAUAAAGACAAUAAAGAAUACAAAAAAGCUUUAGAAUUAUGGAAAAGAAUUUUUGAAGAGGAUCAUCCAGACAAGGAUGGCCCUAAUUGUUUGAAACAAAUGGCAAAUAUGCUUAGAAAGAUGGAUGAUCAUGAUUUGGUAUUAGAAUAUGCAAAUUGGAUUAUAAAACAUGAUGAAAUUAUUGGAGCCCAGAUAUUUAUUCAACCUAAUUUAAGGCGACCUUUAUUGAUCGAACCUAGUUUGGUCUUGGACCAAUUAAGAUCGGUUGGUAAAAACGGACUUAAAGUAUACUUGGAAUAUUUGGUCACACAGCGAAAAAGUCAAGAAGAACAGCAUAAUACAGAACUGGCACUCUUAUACGUAGAAGAAUUCGAAACGAUGCUGCAAUCGAAUGAAGUAAAAGCGAGGAUUGAAACAAUAAGCAACACAAAAGACUCAUCGAAAACGUAUUUAUCUUUCUUGCUAAACCAAUCAACGGAAGAUUUAUUAACACAAGGACGAGCCACUUUAAUUACUUUCUUACAAUCUUCUUCGCGAUAUAAUGCAAAAUUAGUUUUAAAUAAAUUACUUGAAAUUCAUAUAUUAAAAGCUGAGUUGGCUGUCGUUUAUGGAAAGUUGAAUAAUCAUGAGAAAGCUUUGCAUAUAUUAGUCGAUGAUUUAAAAGACUUUCGUGGAGCCGAGUUCUAUUGUCUUUAUGCUGGUCGAAUGAUCGGUAUCAUAUCAUCUAAAAAGCAAUCGGAUAACAAACCAGUAGAAGAUAAGGAUCUGAUUUCCACAAGACGUACUUUAUUUUUAAUGUUAUUAAAAGUUUAUCUUCAAAUGCAAAAUGGAGAUGAAAUUAUUGAAAAAAUAAUAAAUUUAUUGAAUACGCAUGCGGUGUAUUUUGAUACCAAUGAGGUUAUGGAAUUAUUACCGGAAUACUGGUCAGUUGAAAUGUUGAGCGAAUUUUUGAUUCGCUCAUUAAGACAAAAUUAUCAUGAGUAUAGGGAAGGACAAAUUCUAAAAGGAUUGUGUCGUGGCGAGAACACCAUGACAAGUUUUGAAUUAUAUCAAGCAUAUCAAGCAAUUGGACCAAUUGUAAUAAAUCAAAAUGUAUCAUGUUCAAGAUGUAAAAAGUAUAUUAGUGGAUCAGAUUUUAUGAGACAGCCAAACAAUGAUAUUGUUCAUGUUCAUUGUAAUUCGGAGCAUAGAGAAAGCAAUACAACAGUUUCAGAUCCCUUGAGUAAUCAGGCAUAA